GGUAAUGUCAGGAGUUGUAUAAAUGUCUGCGGGCUAGGAACUCAUCUUCUCAGCAAUUUUUUCCCCAACCGGAUUAAUUUGGCAACGGACCAAGCAAGAGUUGCUGGCUAAAUGGAAGUGUAAGCAUUUUCUGGCAAUUUCUACAACGAAUCGUAGCUACUCAUUUCAUCGACAUAGAUUUAUGUUUUUGUUUAAAUGGUUUAACUGUUGUGUAUAAGUUUUUUUUCUUGUGAAAUAUCGAGAUAGCUUUUCCUGUAAAGACUCAGCAGUGCACGCAACACACAUGAUGAUUAAUAUAAGAAAGAUGAUAGCUAGGCCUACAUCGUAAUGUCUGAAUGCCUAGUGCCUGAUCAUGAUGAGUAUGGAAUCAUGUAUUUUCUAGCUAAAUAACUAGAGUAGGUACGAUUAGCUAGCUAGGUCUUAUAACAUGGUUUUCUUUCUGGGUCGGUCGUUUUCCUACGAUGACUACCAGUACGCAGGUUGACGUUUAUUGUCAUGAGUCUUGUCCUGGAUGCAGAACUGAGCGAUUUCCCCUUAAGCCUUAGAUAGGCCAGCUGCAAAGUCAAAAUUGACUUUUUAGUCUUAAUUUAAGGUUAGGGUUAGGCAUUAGGGUUACCAGUGUGGUUAAGUUUAGGUUUGAAAUCAGAUUGUAUGACUUUGUGGCUGUGCCAGCUAGUGACCACUCUGCAGAACUGCAUCCAGAACAUGAUUCAUGAUGAAAAACGCUAACCUGCUGGUUCAAGGACUAUUUGAAAAAGACAUUUUGACUUUAGGAAAUCUCACAAAUCAACAAAGAUUACCACUAUAAAUCUGUAGUUUUGGUGGUGGAGGCACAGGGGGUCUUCCACAUUUCCACUAGUUGAGUGAGUCAAGUAUGUAGUACAAUCCCGUGGUAUUAUACUGUAAGAUAUUAGUCCUUUUCAAUCAACUGUCUGUGUCAUGUUUAUCUUUCAGAAAGGAUGCCAAUGCUGCUAUGCUCAGCAACUAUGAGGUAAUUUAUAUUAUUUGUCUGUUUUUACAUGUGUUUUAGCCAUCAUUUUGAUCACUGUAUUUACAUGUAUUUGCAUCCCCUCUAUCUGUCUCUCUCCUAGGUCUACCAGCUCCUGACAGAUCUGAAGGAACAGCGAAAGGACAGUGGGAAGAACAAACACAGCGCUGGACAACAGAACCUCAACACCAUCAUGUACGAGGUUAGUAACCCACACACCACAGAACCUCAACACCAUCAUGUACGAGGUUAGUAACCCACACACCACAGAACCUCAACACCAUCAUGUACGAGGUUAGUAACCCACACACCACAGAACCUCAACACCAUCAUGUACGAGGUUAGUAACCCACACACCACAGAACCUCAACACCAUCAUGUACGAGGUUAGUAACCCACACACCACAGAACCUCAACACCAUCAUGUAUGAGGUUAGUAACCCACACACCACAGAACCUCAACAUUUUUAUGUAUUAGGUUAGUGCCAUGAAGGGUACACACUCACAAACACACUGUAGGCAGAGACCAGUAGAACUUCAUGUACAGGGUUGCAGCACACACAUGUUGUGUCUUAACCUCCUGUGUCUCUCUUUCCAGACGCUGAAGUACCUAUCCACGACUCCAUGCAGCAGGCAGAACCCAGAGACUGUCAAGAACUUCCUUACCACCAUGGUGCCUCACAAACUCACCAAGUGAAUGGCAAAACACACACACACCACCCACUGUGUAAUCUGAUAUCUGUCAAACACAAAUGUAACUGUUACAUGCUAUUGAAACAGACGUCAUACGGACACAUAUUACACACACUGACAGUGAUGUAUUGUUUGUCCAUAGGGCUGAGAAGCUGCAGCUACUGAACCACAGACCAGAGACUGCUGUAGAGAUCCAACUGGUGAGACCACACUUAACCUUCACUCUUUAUUCUCUCCUUCUGUUGUUGUGGGUGAGAUUAACUCUAAGUGUGUGUGUAGAUGGUAGAGGAGAGUGAGGAGCGGUUGUCAGAGGACCAGAUUGAGGAGCUCAUUCAGAAGGUCACAGACGUGCUCCCAGGCGACCCAGAACAAGAAGGCUCCGCCCCCAGCAAUGAGGCAGAGAUGGGAGAGGGCAUUGACCAAUAGCCACGAGCCCUGAUGGAGCCUGUCUGUGACUGAGGGAGGGAGCCUGAGCUGAACAGGAGUUAAAACAGUGUACAGAAAAGACUGGAAAUCCACUUUCAUGCUCAUUUGGGUGCUCUCGACUGGACAUGGAAGUAUGCAGAAUGGAAUACAGUCAGAUAUUACCAUUGACCGUAACAAGCUACUUUGACUGUUCCCAUUCUUCUGUGCAUUACUAACCUACCCAACUGCUUGGUUCAACUUCAGCUCUUACUCCUUCUGUGUUUACAGGACUGUUUCUUAGUGUGUUCUGGAAUCCACUUGCACUUACAUACAUUCUGUUCCAGUCGGCAUUCUCCUGUGCUACAUGCUUUCAUAUAGUUAGCAACGGGCUAAUGUGAAGCUCCAUUAGCCGUUACAGGUUAGGUACUGUUUGGCGUAAACCAGAACAUUUCCGACCAACAUUAACUUGGUGAAACUUCCUCAAUUCCCGACUUGGAAGAAAAUCAAUGUCUUCCUAAACGUCAACGUCUAGUUGCAGGGGCUUUGUUUGAAUUUAGAAAAUGCUCCAUGAAGUUACCAAUGUAAUUAGAACAGUCAUAUACGGUCU